GUUUGUUGCACCGGCGGGGAAUUGAAAUAUACACUAGCUGUCCUUGGAGCAUGACAAUAAACAAUGGCAGCGACCGAAUGAACUUGAACAAGCCAUCCAAACAAAGGAAUGUAAAACUCUUGCGUUUUGGGCCAUGUUAAAACUCUAGUGCGUAUAGGCACCAAUGGAGUUUGAUUGCACUAGCGAUCUAGGAACUCUCAGUGAGCAAAUUUCACAUUGUCAUUUUAAAAGAAGUUAGAUGGAACCGACAUGUGUGAAGACGUCAGAGCAUCGUUUGGAUGAUUGGUUAAUUAUUUUGAAGGAACAUCAUAUUUUAAAAUCUCUUGGACCAGAAAGAAAAGCGUUUGAAGAGAGUGUGGACCUUCCUGCCAUCCCUGAGAUGAUAUUUGACCAAAAUUCACUCUCAAUUUAUUUCUGUCACUCGGAAGAUAUACAAACUAAAGUAUGUAGAAUUGAUUUUAAUGCACUCGAUGCUCUUAAAUUGGUGGAUCCAAAGAACAUAACAGUUGAGGUACCUUUCGCAAAGGAUUGGCGAGAAUCCCGAUCUACUAACAAUGAAGAGCUAGUAGCACAUAAACCAUAUGACUGGACAUUCACCACUCCUUAUACAGGAACAUUGUCUGGUUCCAUUUCUGCUAGCCUGACACUCUCAGGACCUUGGAAUGUGUCUCGUACAACUGAAGGUUUAGAUAUGGAGUACUUACGUCGGAAAGAUCCCAUUAAAUUUUUUGUCAAUACAACAUUGUAUGAAGAUGAAUUAGGUGAUAAUGGAAUGUCUAUGUUAAAUGUAAAAUUUCGCGCAAUGUCCACCGGCUUCUUCUUGUUACAGCGUUUCUUUUUGCGUGUUGAUGGUGGGCUCUUACGAGUGUAUGACACACGAAUACAAUGGCGUCAAAGUGAUAGUUACUUACUUCGGGAUGUACGUCGAGUAGAAAGUUCGUCGUGGAAAUCAGAAAUGAAUGGAGUUAGUUUAGAAUUAGCGGAUCAAUUAUGUGACACAGUAAUUGAACACUAUACAGAAAAACUUGUACCACUAAGUGUAAAUACAUUUUAGAGAAAAAAAUACUUAUACUUAUUUUGUAUGACUAUUGUAAUAGAAAAAAAAUAAUAAAUUUAUGUAAAUAACGAA